AUGCUUGUCAACGAGGGUAUCAGUGACCAAGCAGCGACAAUGCGGAUGAAAGCCGUGCUGUCGGCAAGCGCCCAAAACGUUGCGAGUGGUAACCGGGAGCAGGAAUGA